CCACCUAUGAAAACAUCAUUUGUGCUGCUUCGGACAUUACCACACACCCUACUUUCAUUUUGACAGGAUGGCAUCUGACAUGAUAAAAGAGCUGAUUUUGUCUGAAUUUAUGGAACUUCAGCAUAGUUGUCAUGAUUCACUGAAGUCUUGCGCUGAGGAUUCAGCAUGUUUACAAAAAUGUAUGAUGAAGUGCCAAGGGGUAACAAGCAAUUUUCCAGCAACAAUAUCUGGUGGACAAGUCAGUUACUAUCUACAACAAUUUGCAGAGGCUGUUUUAGACUUUACAUACCAUGAUGAACAAAUACUCACAAAUAUUGAUGAAUUUCCUGAACAAAAUUCAAAGGAAAGAAUAGCUGUAAUUUUUGUUUAUCUGGACAAGAUAAAGAGCAUGUGUGGAAAGAUUUCACCAGGAAGUAGACUGGAGGAAUUGCUGGGUAAUGAGAUAGCCGAGUGUAUUUUAUGGCGGAAGGGGGCUCUGCUGUAUGGGUAUUGUGAAACUGUACGCAAAGACGAGGAGAGGUUACAGAGAGGGAUGAUAGAAUAUAGACAGAAUUUACAGAAAGGUAUUCACUAUCUACAGAGUUUAUUUAAGAUAAGAGAUGCUGUAUUAGACACAGCUCAUAUUCCUGGAGAAAAUGACACACUUGAACUACUCAAAAUGGGUAUUUACAGCAGUACUCAUCUGCUGGCCUUGAUGUAUUCUGGAGAGAUGUGUUACUGGUUUCUAACAUCCUCGAACGAAUCAACAGAUGCUGAACGUGUCACAUGUAACCUUGGAAUGGAAGUGUUAGAGACAUAUAUACAAGCGACCGAACAAAUGCCAGAACUUGGGGGAUGGUCAAAUGAUCAAGCUAAAAAAUAUCUCUCAGAAAUGAAAGGCAGAUGAUAAUUAUAUAACACUUAUGUUAAAAUUGUAUAGAAAUGAAUUGUUAAAAGAACUUUUACAAACAAUUUUGUAUACUUAUAUAGAGGAAUGUAUAUUAAGUGUACAAUAACAUCUCAUGUUGGAAAUUUAGGUAUUUAAAGAAAAUGUAUAUUCUUUUUACGAAGGGUGUAAAGCUGUAUAUGUGAAUCUUGACUAUAUAAAUUUCAAAAACUGUA